UUGCUGAUUUCCCAAAUGAGUUGCUACUGUUAUACCCUAGUUAUUCAAAGGAAACAUCAAACAACAACAACUAAGACUAUUCAGGGAAUAGUGGGUGCCCACUAUGAGAAAUUUAUCUCCGCAUUUCAGAAACGUGAAGAUGAUUCAGCAACCGCUACUACUCCUUCAACUACCAUAACCUCCUCGACAUCUGACUCUACAACAACACCAACAACCACUCCUACAACAACUCCCACGACUACGCCUACAACAACUCCCACGACUACGCCUACAACAACAAGUGCGACUUCAACAGAACCAUCUACUCCGCCACCACCGCCACCACCACCACCACCAAUGCCAGGAUUUGGCCCUGGUGGUUUGGCGAGGCCCAAUGGGCCCAAGGGGUGGACCGAUGGGACCAGGAGGUGGACCGAUGGGACCACAAGGUGGACCGAUGGGACCAGGAGGUGGUCCGAUGGGACCAGGAGGUGGACCGAUGGGACCAGGGCGUGGCCCAAUGGGCCCAAGGGGUGGACCGAUGGGACCAGGGGGUGGACCGAUGGGACCAAGGGGUGGACCGAUGGGACCAGGGGGUGGACCGAUGGGACCAAGAGGCGGACCAAUGGAACCAUGGGGUGGACCGAUGGGACCAGGGGGUGGACCGAUGGGACCAAUGGACGGACCUAUGAGACCAUGGGAAACCACGAGUACGAGCUCGAGUCCCGUCCGAGACUGAGGUUUUGUCCGUUAAACGCCAAUCUUGUGAAUCAGAUAUAUAAGAUAAAACAGUUCCCUUUGAUAUGUAGAAAUAACUCGAGCUCAAAAGCACAUUCAGUUGAGAGAAAUAGCAAAUGUUUAGGCUUGAAUAGUGGCAUAAUAAGUGGUAGAAUAAGUGGUAAACUAUGUAAUAAAACUGAUGACUUUCUUAGCUUCAAUGUAAUCAGAUUUCCUCAUAGCGAUACUAAUAUUUCUGUUACCAAUAAAGCUUCAUUUAUAUACACAAAAACAUUGAGAAUUGCCAACACUUGUUCUACGAUUAAAGCCUUUAGCACAAGGAUAACGAAAAUGAUGGUCAUUCUCAUGAGAAAUGGGUAUGAAGAGGAAUUCAUUAUUACUGGUUCUUUAAAUAGUAAUUAUUAUUCGUAG